AUGUCGUCUCGAUUCGGUCCUCGAGCUACGGGUACUGAUGGUACAGAUUUCAAGCAUCGACAACGAAUUGCUGCUCAUUACCAGUACAGUGUACAGUACAAGACGUAUAUGAAAAUAUUGUUUGCGUUACAUUUAUUAGUACUGCUCACAAUGUGGGUUAAAGUUGGAGGUGAAUUUGUUGUGGAAGGACUUGGCAUCAAGUGGCCUUUCUAUGAAAACCUUCAGCUUCCUAAUGCAUAUCCGUGGGAAUAUGUUUGGUGUUUUUCAUUUGUGCCAGUCAUAUUUGCUAUCAUAUCAUUUAAACGAAACAAGGUUAAAACAAACUUGUUGCGUAGUCAUUAUUAUGGACAAUUUUUUUUGGGGAUUCUUCCAUGUGCUGUUGGACUUGGUGGACAGUUACCAGAACUUAUUGAUUUUUUACAUGACAUGAAAAAUAGUCAGACACCGACAUUUCGGGGAACUUUUCCGAUGGUUAUUUUAUGGUAUAUAUUUUUCUUGGUUGCUUUACAAAUACAUAUAUUUGUUAUGUAUUUCUCAUAUCAUUUGAUGUUGGCUUGGCAACCAGCAAAGAAAAAAGAUUAG